AAUAAAAAUAAGAAAUGGCAAAAAAAAAAAAAAAAAACUGAAAUUAGGUUCCAAAAUAUGAAAUUUUCGUUUUCCUUGUGACAGUAAAUUUGAGCUCUCGUAAACCCUAAACCCAUUCUCCCAAGCAGAGCCUGUUGCCGCCACGAAAGGAGCUCGCCACCACGCCUUUCGUCGACGACGUCAAGCCCUCACGACCAAACCCAAAAACAUAGCACAGGAUGGGGAAAAGAGGAGGGAAGAGUUAUCAGAAGAAAGAUGUCAAAGAUGCCACAACAACUUCUCGGCGCGACCGUCAUGUCUUUACUGCUGAGGACAUGGACGAUGACAUUGAUGCCUUUCAUAAGCAGAGGGAUAUUGUUCCGCUUGACAUAAAUGCUGAUUCUGGAGAAUCAGAUGAAGAUGAUGAAAUACCUAUUUUCGAGUCUAAGGAUAUUGAUAAUGAAGAAACCGAUGAGGACGAGGAAGAGGAUGAUGAUGGCAAGAGCUUUAUGUCAAAACUAAUUAGGCAAAAGAAAUUUUUAGAUACAGAGCUUGGUGGAGAUGAAGACGUAAGUCAAGAUGAUGAUGAUGAAGAUGACGGAGGUCUGAAAUCAACUACAGGUGGACGAAAGUAUAAGCACGGUGCUGAGAAUCUUAAUUUUGAGCAACAAGCAAGUGAUGAUGAAGAUGCAAAAGAAGAAGAAAAAAUUGCAUUACAAAUGCAAAGGAAAAAAACAACAUUCUUUACAGAGGAAGAAUUCGAGCUUGCGGGCAUAAGUGAAGACAAGCAUGCAAAAGAUAAAGGAAACAGAGAAAUAAAAUCACUGGAUAGCAAUGCAACUUUCAAGGUUGAGGAUCUGAGUGCUUUGUCAAAGGAGGAGCAAAUGAACGUUCUGUAUAGGUCUGCUCCAGAAUUAGUUGAUUGGUUGUCAGAAUUAAAUGAAGCGCACAAACAGCUUGAAUGCAAAAUUAAACCAUUUUUAAGCAAGGUUAAAAAUGGGGGAAUAAUUACUGAAGGAGGAGUGCGUUAUUUUGAGUUGAAAGAGCUUCUUUUGCUGUCCUAUUGCCAAGCUAUAACCUUCUAUCUUCUACUCAAGUCUGAAGGGCAGCCAGUCGAUGAUCAUCCUGUAAUGGCUCGCCUUGAAGAGAUCAAGGAAUUAAUGAAUCAGAUAAAACAACUUGACGAAGAACUUCCAGUUGAACUUGAGGACAUCCUUAAAGGAAGUAGCGCGUUAGAAACAGUAGUCAAAUCAGAUAACAAGGAUGCUCCAAUGCAAGCCGAUUCUAUCACUAAAAACCAAGAACAACCUCUGGUCUCUGUUAGAUCAACAGAAGCAGUGUCUAGCAACAUAGUUGAGAUGAAAAAAUCAGAUGCCUCAAAGGACAGUGUACAAAAAGGAAAAAAAGUAAAAAAUCAGAAGGAUCACAUUGGCGCACAGAGUUUGGAAAUGUUGAAAAUUAGAGCUUCCCUUGAGGAAAAAUUGAGACAAAAGGGUUUGUACAGUCAAAUUGCUCCAAAUCCUAGUAAUUCUCUGAAGCGUUCAAGACCAGCUAAUGGCCAGCUUGCAACAUAUGACGAUUUUGAUGAUGAUGCUGUGGGUGUUAAUGGUCCAGCUGGAAUGUCUAAUGGUCUUGUCUCCAGUAAAGUUUCACCGUUUGUUAGUGCUAAUCUGAAGAAACUCAAGGUGGCUUCUGGUGAUGAUGAUUUGCCCAAGAGAGAUGUUUUUGGGGAACGACGGAGGAAACAUGAGGUUCGGGUGAUGGCUGGUGCUGGAGUUAAGACUGAGGAUGACAAUGGUGAUGAUCAAAUGGAUAAUCUUGAAUCUCAUGAAGUUGAUGAUGAAGAGGAGGACUCUGAAAGUGGGGGAGACUCGGAAAAUGAAUUAUACAAUCAAGCAGAAAGAUUGCAAGCUUUAAAACGUGCUUCGAAAACUGCAACCUACUCGUCCAAUUCAAGUAAAUCAGCUGUCUCCUCUCUGGCAGAGGACACUGUGGAUGGAAAGCGCUAUAUCACUUCUCAGAUGUCGAAGAACAGAGGGCUAACUAGAAGUCGCAACAAGAAUAAAAAGAAUCCUAGAAAGAAUUACAAGCUCAAGCAUCAAAAAGCCCUUAGGAAUCGCAAGGGACAGGUUCAGGCUAUCAGAAGUCAAAGUGCGCCUUAUGGUGGGGAGUCCACUGGAAUUAAUGCAGCUAUCAGUCGAAGCGUUAGAUUCAAGAACUGAUAUAUUAUCAAUACGUUUGACAUUGUAAUAUUACACUACAAUAUCAUUCUAUUUUUCGGUUAAUUUUGAACCGCCGCACCUGCGUAGAUGGGAGUAUAACUUGCAUGAUUGUUGGUUGGAAAAGGAACAUCUUUGGCAUAUAAAAUGUUGUCAAGUUGUCAAUUUUGGUAGUAUUUCAGAUUGUUGUAUUUUACUUUUCAACUUUUUAAAUGACAACCUAAGUUGCUCAAGAUAUGCAGACUUGAGAUUCAACUA